UCAGCCAAAUGUAAUGGGGAAGUUCUGAACCACAAAACUACAAAGAAAAGUUGCGCAGGCCACACUUUAGCAGCUUAGAAAUGAUAUGCAAACUUAGUUUGUUUUUGUUUUUUGGGGGAGGUAGACAUCCCUGACCAGUGUUUCUCUCCUGAGAGCCGCGCACAAGGCAACAUGCACUAUCAUGGGAAUAUGUUGGUGGAACAUGUAGACUGAGACACUCACAAAGAGGCUAAAAAAUCUAUUAUUCUCCCGGACGGUCAGCGCAGCCUUCCGCUUGACUGAUAACGAUGGCCUUGGAGGCAGACGGCGACAGAGGUUCAUCAAGAAGCGCUCAUGAAAAAUAUCCCCGGGCAGCGUUGGAGCGCAACGGCUACGUGAAGACAUGUGUCACCCCGUUGUACCAGGACGCACGGAGCCAGUCGUGGCUGAGACUCGCCGUGACAUGGACUUGCCGAAGAGUGUCGUCUGCGGUCUGCGUUGCCUCCAUCUCCGUUAUUCUCGCUCUGCUGCUCAGAUUGGUCGACUGGGAUGCAGGCAGCAGCAGCAGCAACGGAAAUAGCAGCGGCUCUCCUCUUCAUUUAGCGGCGGGCUGCGCUGUGGAGCUGCUUUUGACUGCGUGUUAUUGCGUCUCUCCUGUUUUCACACUCGUAUGUGCCUUCUUCUGGGUCGGGCUCUAUCUGAUUCGCUGCGGGGUGCUCGUCCGUACCGCCGUGUUCCUCUUAGCGGUGUGCCAUUUGGGCGAAGCUGCGGCGCAGUCCCUCCUGCGCGGCGCCGAGGAGCAGCUGUUGUCCUUCCCCGCAACCCUGGUAGUCCUCGGCUGCCUGGGCAGCGGGGCUCUGCUGGUCGUCCGGCUGGGUCAGGGAGUGUCCAUCCUCGUCUUCAUUAGCCUCAUCCGGGCCGUCUCCCUCGUCUCUCUGAGCAGGGUCCGGGCCAGUUGGAGACCCUACCUGGCCUACCUGCUGGGGCUGCUGGGGGUUUUGCUUGCGAGGUAUGCUGACCGGCUCUUGCCGGCCUCAGGGACCAGCGGGACGGGGUGCUGUGGCUCUGUGACCGGGGCGAAGGAGGAGGACAUCCCUGUCUUCAAAAGGAGACGGAGGUCCAGCUCCACAGUGGCCUCGGAAAUGAUGGCUCACAGUCAGAGCAACAGCAAGUCCCACCGCAGGACUUCGCUGCCUUGCAUUCCGCGGGACCAGAUUAUGGGCCAACCAGACUGGGACUACAAGAGAGCUCUGAGCAGAUCCCAGUCUUCAGGCACCAGUGUGGUGGUGGACAUCGCAGUGAUGGGUGAAGCCCACGGUUUGAUCUCAGACCUGCUGGCAGAUCCAUCACUGCCCCCGAACACCUGCAGCUCUCUGAAGGCUGUCAGCAACCUCCUCAGCACCCAGAUCAGCCUCCAGCCACUGCACCGGCCUCGCAUCCCAGCAGACCCACACACCUGCUCGGACUCUGAGGACGGGCCGGAGAAAGUGGAAAGAUUGGCCAUUCCAAAGCGUCUCAGGCGGAGUCUGCCCCCAGGAUUGCUGAGGAGAAUUUCAUCGACUUGGACCACAACCACCUCAGCUACGGGGCUGCCUACCAUUGAGCCGGGCCCUGUGCGCAGAGACCGCUCAGCCAGCAUCAAACACACUCCAGACAGUGAACUGUGGGGCAACUCGGUGAUGAUGACCAUCUCAAAGAGUCGAUCCAUGUCGGCCUCCUGUGCUCCCUCCGUCACGUCCAACCACCUCUACAGCAAACCACUGGGAAGACUGGGUUUACCCCCCUCCAACAUAUCACCUCUGGGCUCUCCGUGCCCGUCCCCUCCCGUCCAGGGCACGCCUGUCUCUAGCCCGACAAUAAAGACUUGUUCAGUGCAGCUUCCUGAGCCGGCUGGGCCGCUAACAGAGCGGCUACCUGCCUCUGUGGCCCCCAAGAGCCAUCACAGAGCCUUAACUCACAGCCAGAGCGCCCCGAGCUCCACCACCACUCACUGGCGGCCUCCAUCGCUCUGCGGCAGCUGUGGCAGGCCGUUCGGAAGUCGACUAAACCAUGGGGUAGAAUCUGUUGACAAAGGAGACAGAAUACCACAUCCAGAUGAGCGUGCAGUGGCUUCAUCAGACUAUGACAGCACCUACGACAGCACCUAUGAGACCAACCACAGUGACAGCAGCGACUUUGCACAGAAUGAAGAGGAGGGAGAAGGAGGCAAGAAGCUGCCUGAAGCGAGGGAGUUUCCAGCAGAUGUCAUCGUUCUCCACCCGCUCCUGCCAUCACCAGAGGACAAGCCAAUCCUGGCCUCAGAGGCCCCCGUAACGCCAGCACUGGAGCCUCUGAUGAGUCAACUCGUCAGCUGGAACUUCCCCAUUUUCAGUCUUGUGGAGAAGACUCAUGGUAAAACGGGCUGCAUUCUCAGCCAGGUUUCUUAUCGGCUCUUUGAGGAUACGGGUCUGUUUGAGACCUUCAGGAUUCCUGUACAGGAGUUCAUGAACUACUUCCACGCUUUGGAGAACGGAUACAGGGACAUCCCUUAUCACAACCGGGUCCAUGCCACUGAUGUGCUACACGCUGUCUGGUACCUCACCACUCAGCCUGUACCAGGCCUGCCCACCCUGCUGACGGAAAACGGAAUACACACUGACUCAGAAAAUGGUAUCACGCCUGGUGCCACAGGCUUCCUGUUGUCCAAGAUGCACUCUGUGCUGGAAGAAGGCUAUGGCUCCCUGGCUGGUCUAAUUCCAGGCCUGGAGCUCAUGGCUCUGUAUGUAGCUGCUGCCAUGCAUGACUAUGACCACCCUGGAAGAACCAACGCCUUCCUAGUAGCGACCAGUGCACCACAGGCUCUUCUAUACAAUGACAGAUCAGUCUUGGAAAACCAUCACGCAGCUUCAGCCUGGAAUCUCUUCAUGUCUCGACCCGAGUAUAACUUCCUGGUUAACCUUGAACACGUGGAGUUCAAGCGCUUCCGCUUCCUCGUCAUUGAAGCUAUUCUGGCCACUGACCUCAAAAAGCACUUUGAUUUCCUUGCAGAGUUCAAUGCAAAAGUGGGUGAUGAAGGAGUGUCUGGUAUUGAUUGGACCAAUGAAAAUGACCGAUUGCUGGUGUGCCAGAUGUGCAUAAAGCUGGCUGAUGUCAACGGACCGCUGAAGUGUAAAGAGCUGCACCUGCAAUGGACGGAGGGGAUCGUCAAUGAAUUCUACGAGCAGGGUGAUGAAGAGGCUAGCCUGGGCCUUCCCAUCAGCCCAUUCAUGGACCGUUCUGCUCCGCAACUCGCUAAACUACAGGAGUCAUUCAUUACUCACAUAGUGGGACCGCUGUGCUCCUCCUACGACUCCGCUGCUCUGAUGCCGGGACGCUGGGUCGACCCAUCCGAGGGGGAGCUGGAGCCAGAAGUGGAGAAGGCAGGACAAGAUACAGAGGACGAAGAGGAGGAUUUGGCGGAUGAGGAUGCAUCGACAAGUUCUGACAACUCCCAGCGACGAGAAACCAAAAAGGUGAGCAGGAGGAAAGUGUUUUGCCAGAUCACACAGCAUCUUUUGGAAAACCAUGAAAUGUGGAAAAGAGUGAUUGCUGCAGAAGCCCCGGAGGAGGCCCAGGAAGAGAAUCCAAACUGCAUCAGCAACCCCACCGAUCCAAUCACAGCCAUUCAUGAAGAAGAGGAGGAGCAAGCAAGCAAAGAGGAGGAGUUGACUGAUGACCUCGAUGAAAGGGAAGAGGUACCGGCUAUCGAGGAAGAGGAAAUCCUUCCCCAAUCAGAGACUUCAGGAGAAAAAGAGGAAGAGCCAGAGUGAUAUUACAAACUUUGACCUCCUCAUAAGCCAGGAACGUUGUCUAAAAAUGUUUUGUUUCUUUCCUAACUAAACUCUUGAUAUGGUAGCCAGCACAUCACUUUGACACAACACUGUAGAAGAUGUUUUGGGUAAAAUGUGCCUAAUAAAAACAGGGUUGAGGACAGGGAUGACCCCAGUGCAUCUGACCAGGAGACAGGUGAUAGGAGAUAAAGAUGAAUGGAGAAGCUGAGAAUGAAUAUGGACUGUAUUUGUUUCUCUUUUAGUAUUUCUUUUGGUCUGGAUCUGACACCCUGCACCUCACCCAGACUGCCCAUCCUGCACUUUGGGCCAACCACCCUGAUUCACAAAAUUCACUCCACCAGAGAGUAAAACACUGUCACAGACCCCGCUCUUCAUUCUUCCUGUUGCUCCCAAGAUAUCAACACACUGUGGAGCCGCCCAGCUGGUUAAGGAUGUGCAACAAGCCCCUUCUCCUUGAAGACAAUGGGAUGAAAGACAGGGAAAAAGCUGUGUCCACUAAGUGUAUUCCAGAAGGAAGUUGAAAAAAUAAUUCAGAGGUAGUGCAUUGUGUACUCAGAAAUACACCCACACAAGCUGCAAACACAAACACACACACAAACAUACACACUCACACUCACACACACACACACACACACACACACACACACACACACACACACACACACACACACACACACACACACACACAGUGCUGUAGCAGGAACACAUUCCUCGCUUGGAACAGAAAAGAAGUUUCACAAAGAACCCUUGUGCUCUAAAAGCUUUAUUCUCGAGGAAAAAGACAUACAAAACAAUGUUUUGUUCAUAUCAAACAAUGUUAGUCGGCGCUCGUUUUCUCCCUGUCCUUUAUUAGUCGGUUCAACACACUAACAUGUUUCCAGACUGCACAACUCAGGAAGACAGAAACUUGUAGAGAAACAGAAGCAAAAAGGACUUUGAGCAUCCUUUUUCCUUUUACUUGCUGCCGCUUCUGGUUCCCUUCAAAAAAGGAACCACAAGGGAAAGAACACACGUUAAUGUUAUUCACUUUGAAACUGACUUACAAGAUACAUAACUAGGUAAUAACGUGAUGUGUUUUCAUUUUUCUUUUUCUCCCCUACAACUUUGUAAGGACUAUUAAGGAUGUUUUUGCCUUUACAUUUUUUGACUGCAUAUGCAGUUUUCCUCAGAGACGUCUUCCUACAUGCUGAUGACGUGUCUUUUAUCAGGUGAGCGGUCUGACAGAUCUGUCACAAUCUGUCAGGUUGGCUACACCCCCCACUUUCUGACAGUCUCUGAAAGACGGAAUCCCAGGUGUGCAAGAGGGUGUAAUCCCCGUGUCCCUGUUUAUGGAAUCGUUGCCCCACUUCCGAUAUUAAUGGCCUCUGUUAUCCACCGUUUACUGAAACCUUUCCACUGUGAUCAACAGAAACCCACUUUUAGUUUUAAAAACAUGAAACGAACCAAUUAAUGAAAUAAAAAUACACGUGUAUAAAUAAUGCCACUGCAAGUCACCUUUUGCAAAAAGUAGUUCCUGUAAGGAUGAGUCUUAGUGUUACUGAGUAUUCUUAAAGUGUUUUUUGGAUUAAACAAUAAUGAAAUAGUUUGGCCUGAUAUCAGCCCCCUCAACUAUGGAUGAAAGAGGCCUUUGAGACCAGGAAGCAGGUCAAUGAUUCUGAUGAGGCUUACACCCUCUCACACUCCUGGGAUUCCAUCCUCCAUAGACCUUCAGACAGCGGGGGGCAUGGCCAGCCUGACAGAUUGUGACAGAUCUGUCAGGCUGGUCAGCUGAUAAGAGACACGUCAUUAACACAUCGGAUGACGCUUCUGAGGAAGACUGCAGACAGUCGAAACAUGUAAAGGCAAAAACAUCCUUACAAAUCCUUACAAAGUUGUUUGAUGAAAAGAAAAUCCUAACCUAAUGAAAAGACAACAAAAUGAACACAA